CAGUUCAACACCUCACAUUUUGGAGGACGGGCAUGACAACGCCUGUCCUGAGAUUGAUAAAGGAUCCUUGCCAUGUCGUUCUCUAUCGAAGUGCCCGGAGAGGCAAAUCCUCUUACCCCGCAGCAGGUCUAUCUCGCUCUCCAAUCUGCAAGUUCUUCGCAGCAACUCAGCAUAAAGACCGGCACUCAGCAGCUACAAAAUUGGGAGACACAACGGGGCUACUACACAUUGUUGCAGGCCGUAUACCUGGAUAAAUCCCUACCGACGGAAGUGCGAUACCUAGCGGUCAUUCAACUGAAAAAUGGCAUCGACAAAUACUGGCGAAAGACUGCGGCAAAUGGCAUUUCCAAAGAAGAGAAAAUGGGAAUUAGGUCCCACUUACUGGAGGGGGGCAUCGAAGAGGCCGAUCCGAAUCUUGCGUUGCAGAACGCCCUAGUCGUAUCGAAAGUUGUUCGAAUAGAUUAUCCUCAGGAUUGGCCAGAUGUUCUCACCGACUUGAUCAAGAUUUUACGCACGUCGAACGAAUCGAAUCAAUUGCAUUUACGGAGAGGUCUGUUGAUCCUGUUACAAGUGGUGAAGGAGCUAGGUACGGCACGAUUGCGGAGGUCUCAAACCAGUUUGCAGUCAGUCACACCGGAGAUUGUGUUCUUGUUGAGUGAGAUCUAUGACAGGAAGAUAGCUCAGUGGCUUCAAUUCCUGAGGGGAAAUGGGGAGGACGAGGGAGGUGCAAUAGACGCAAUGGAGAACAGCCUUAUGGCUUUCAAGAUUAUCCGACGGUUGCUUAUUGUUGGGUAUGAGUAUCCCAACCAUGAUAAGGCGGUUCAGGAAAUGUGGGGCAAAUAUCAGGACCAUUUCGGAUCGUUCGUUGAAAUUAUGUCUCAAGAGCCUCCUGUUCUGGGUUCUCCUGCGAAAGAACUGGUGGAGAAGCAUGCCAUUCAAUAUUCAAAGCUCCACGUCCAAAUGGCACAAGUACACCCUGCUGCUUUUGCUCUUUUACCCAAUUCUCUUCCACUAGUGAGAGCGUACUGGGGACUUGUCUCUAAGUUCGGCGAAUCAUACGGUUCAGAGACUCAAGAUUUCAGUGCCAAGGCAUUGAAACAUGACGAUGGGAAGAAGAACGACAGACCAGCAAUGGAAAAACUGUGCCUGAAGGGCCUCACUCUGUUACGUGCCUGCAUGAAGAUGUCUUUCAGCCCUGCGCAGUCGUUCAAGUAUCGCUCGGCUGAAGUGAAAGAGGAGCAACAACAAGCUAUGACAUUUAUCAAGACCCAGUUGCUUACUGAUGACUUGGUCUCCCAGAUGGCUAGCGUGAUUGUUACCAAAUUUUUCGUCUUUCGCCAAGUCGAUCUGGAGGCUUGGGAGGAGGAUGAAGAUGAAUGGGAAAUUAGAGAAGAGGGUGGAGGUGAUACGUGGGAAUUCGAGGUUCGACCAUGUGCCGAGAAACUAUUCAUGGACCUCGUUAUCAACUUCAAACAUCUUCUGGUUCAGCCAUUGUUGGGAUUCUUUAUGUCUGUUGCCGGGACUGAACAGAGCACUGUGGUCACAAAAGAUGCCGUGUACACAGCCAUGGGGCUUUCAGCUCCAGUUGUGUUCCAAAGUUUUGACUUUGAUGCAUUUUUGACAUCAACUCUGGUGAAUGACGUUCAGCAGACGGGUCCUGGCUACAAGGUUCUUCGGCGAAGAAUUGCUAUCUUGAUUGGGCAGUGGAUUACAAUCAAGAUUUCCGAGACCAAUAGGCCUUUGGUGUAUCAGAUCUUCCAGCAUCUGUUGAAAAAGGAAGAUGAGACAAACGACUAUGUCGUCCGCGUUACAGCCGCACGGCAAUUCAAGGCUGUCGUCGACGACUUUAGCUUCAACCCGGAAGGUUUUCUUCCUUAUGCUCCGGAUAUCCUCGGCAGAAUAAUGGCCUUGAUACAGGAAGUGGAAAGUACAGAAACGAAAAUGGCUAUACUGGAAACAAUCAGAGCAACAGCCGUGCGACUCGAACACCACAUCUCGCCCUUCGCGGAUCAGAUUGUGUCUCUUUUACCGGGACUUUGGGAAGCCUCGGGAGAAGAACACCUCCUAAAACAAGCAAUCCUUACCCUUUUGUCAACAUUGGUUGGAUCCAUGAAGGAGCAGUCGCAACGAUAUCAUUCGAUGAUAUUACCUCUUAUCCAACGAGCCGUUGAGCCAGGUUCGGAGAUGCAAGUCUAUCUGAUGGAAGAAGCUCUCGAUCUCUGGUCUGCCAUUCUUGCUCAAACUACAGCACCUGCAUCACAAGAUGUUCUAGUACUCGCCGAAUCCGCAUUUCCCUUACUCGAAAUUGGUUCCGAUAAUCUCAGAGUUGUUCUGAACAUUGUUGAAUCAUACAUCCUUCUUGCUCCGGAAGCGAUGCUGGGAGAUGCUGUAAGACUCAGAAUCUUGUCGUACAUGGCAAAUAUUCUAGGUGUUUCAAAAAGAGAGCUCGCUGGUCAUGUUACCACGAUUGUGGAGAACAUGAUUCGUGCUGCCGAAGCUUUAGGCGGACAAAAUGGGGUAGCGCUCGUUGCAAAAGACCUCCACGAAUCAGGCUACUCCGACAAGAUCUUUGAGGGUCUACGCGAUGCUUGGGAAGCCAACCAAACCAUUGGCCCAGAGCGAAGAUACCCCAAAGAGGACGAUGUAGUCAGAACGGAUUAUUUUACAAUCCUUGCCCGCAUAGCGCUCGCUGAUCCCUCCGUCUUCAUUACCAUGCUCUCGACAAUAGGCAAUGUGAACGAUGUCUGGGUGUGGCUCAGUAGUGAAUGGUUCCGUCAUUUCGACAGCAUGGCGAAUAUCGACCGACAAAAGCUUUCUUGCCUCGCUCUGACCCGUCUUCUAGAACUACAACCCCCAGUAACACCCAUGAUCCUCGAUAAAUUGCAAGAUUACUUUGCUAUGUGGACCACAGUCAUCAAUGAGAUGAUCUCUGGCCGUGACGAUGGUGGUGACAACCUCAUCUGGGAAACAAAUGAAGGCAAUGAGUUUGAGGGACCGGAAGAUGUGAGAAAGAGGUUGCAGGAUGGUAGUGAUCCGGUGCAUACUAUUCACACGUUUAAUUUCGUGAAGCAAAGAUUGGGAGCUCUGGUAAGCAUGGUUGGUGGAGAGGAGGAGUUCCAAAAGAAUUGGCUGGUGAACAUUGAUAAGGAUGUCUUAGAUGGCUUUCAGAAUCUUGGAGUCCAGACGAGUAUGGAUUGAGAAGUAUUAGAUGACAUGGUCGCCAUGAGCAUGAGAGACACAUACAGACGACGUAGACGAAUAAGAUACCCAUAUAUCAAAUUACAGGUAUCUAGACAGUGGAGUUGCGACAACCCUUUAUGUCAC